AUGUCGAGACGAGGCCCGCCAAUAAGUGCUUUUGCGGCACUGAGCAGCGCUGACGAUGACGAGGUGAUCGGCUACGAGCAGUCGGAUGAGGAUCCUGAGUCUGUGAGCGAGCAGCGGCCCGUUUCUGAGCCGCCGGAGCUGGCUCGUGCCCAGCCUUCUGCACCUGUAUAUUCGGCUCCACAUGCCCCCGUUGUUGUUUCUUGCUCGAAGUUCGUGCCCACCAGCGAGAACGUGGUUUACGGACGUGGUUAUGUGGUUAUUGGGCUGAAAGCAGACGAGUUUCUUAUGGUGAAGGGCCAGUACACGUUGAAAAUCCAGCGAGGAGCCGUGCAGAUAGACUCUAUCUUGUACCAUUCGAGCCAUGAUCCAGUCAAAAUCUACGGGCUGUCACUUUCCAGCAUUCCACUAAUAUCAGCUGCGCAGGUAACCGACCAGAAUCUGGUGGAAGAUACAGUUCUGCCAGAAACGGAGCAUUUAUUCACACCAAACUACAAAUCGGUGAUUAGACUUGACGACGUUUUUGACGGCUUGGAGAAAUUAGGCCUUUUGUAUCCGCAAUUGAAGAACAUCCAUCCUAACAGGGAGGAUAUUGACGAGUUUGAGGGGUCUGCAUUCGCAAAGUCUUUUUACCCUUACUCUUUCAAAGUGGUGGAGAAUCCUAGUAAUAACCUUGGCACAUAUAUCAACAAAACCUGGAAGAACGCGUUGGAAGCGCUUACGAGUCCCUCUGGGAGCGCAGAGGACAUGCGUGUUCUCGUCAUUGGGGCCAAGAACACUGGCAAGUCCACGUUUCUUCGACUGCUACUUAAUAAACUGGCAGCUCACGAGCAUAUUUCGCCCAAAGUACUGGACAUUGAUCCAGGGCAGCCAGAAUAUUCUCUUCCCGACUGUAUAUCUUUGACGACGCACCACAAGCCAAUCCACGGCCAAUAUUUUCCGUUUCUUUGCGAGCAUCCUGCAAGAAUUUGCUAUAUUGGUUUUAAUACUCCCCAACGUCAGCCGAUCAAGUAUAUUUCGCAGCUAAAAGCACUGUCAUCGCAUAUGGACAUGGAAAAUGGUCCGCUGCUAAUUAAUUCUCCGGGGUGGAUCAAAGGUUUCGGAGUCGAGAUUUUGAAAGAGCUCACAGAUGCAGUCCGUCCAACUCACCUUGUCUACCUUUCGUUUGGUGGCGAAGACGACAACCAGCUGCUGUGCAAUUUGACCUACGAGAAUCUCGUGCGCGUUCCUGUCCCAGGCUUCAAUUCGAGAGGAUAUGAUAUCGUGCGGUAUUCACCUUCUCAAAUCCGCAACUUCAGAAUGCUCUCCUAUUUCCAUUACAAUCGCUACGAAAAGACAUUUGAUUUUGAACCAUUACUGGCGAGAUCUCCGUACAAAAUCAGCUAUGCCGAUUUUUGUGAUAGAGACGCUCUAAUUAGAUAUCCAGGGCUAUCGGGUAUUUCCAUUUUGGAUGCUGCGAACAUCAACCACGAGGACCUGGUGGAGUGCCUGGAAACUCAGGUGGUGGCAAUUUUUGAGCUUGAGAACGAGGAAUUCAUCAACUUGUACGACGAGAUGGUCCAGCGUGGCCAACUGAGCUCACUCGAGUCCUAUCCGAAUCUUUUCAACAAUACGCUCGAAUCGGUCGCGUCUGAGUUCCGAGGUUUAGCUUUGAUCCAUUCAGUCAACACUACAGCCAAAUACAUUAAUCUGUACACGCCUAUUGAUGUUGCACGCCUCUCCAAGUCGCUGGCCUCGAACGAAACCAAAUUGGUGCUGGUGAAAGGACGGUCCGAUCUUCCGACAGAGGAACUCAUCCCCAAAAUGAUUUCCAAGACGGCUCUUCCUUACGUCACAUACGCGGCCUUUGGCAAAGGCGCGAAAUCUGUGAAUGUUCGACGCAACGUUCAGCGUAAAACUAAAUAG